GCCCGAAGAUUGACAUUUCCUCAUGGAUGGUGCGAAAUAUAUAAAGUGAGGCUCGUAUUGUCGAUAGAAUGUCCCUUUUCCGAUCAGAUCAAAACAAAACAUUUCACACAAGUUCAUCAUCUGAAACACCAACUUGUCCGCUCAAGAAAGAGUCUACAAUCAUCACAUCCAAGUACAAUCCAACCAAGUCACCAACACCCCAAGUCCCGCACUGUCCCCAACUAUGGCCUUCACCCUCCUCACAUACCGUGCCACAAGCACUCCCUACAACCUCAACUUCUCCUACUUGGACACCGACGAAGACGUCCUCGCCCAAGCGGCCCAACUCCAGCAACGCGACCAAGACCGCCGUCUUCGCCGCGAAAGCCGUCUCAGCGCAUCUCCAUCCACCACCUCAUCCUCAAGCAGUGACAAGCACAAUAAGCGGAGAAGCUUCAUGAGCUUUCUCAGCAACAAGUCCACCACCACCACCAACAAGAACACCAACCGGAGAAGCUUCACAAGCAACUACAGCGCCCUCUCCGAGACCUCUACCUCCGACCCCGCCCGUCGUCGACAGUCUCUCAGCAAUCGCCUCUCGACCGGCUUUUUCAGCGCGAUGGACAUUUUGGCUCAUCAAGACGGCCCGGCGGUAUCUUUCUAUCCUGCGACUCGGCGGGAUGUGCCUUUUCACGGAUGUCCCGCGUCGUCGUCGUCGUCGGGUGCUUCGUCUGUUUACUCGAGGGAGGGGAGUUCCCCGCACUAGGUAGCGAUAGGAUCAUGGUGAGACAUUGGAUUGCUUGAUGCGUAUUUUAGAAGUGUGAUUGAGGGGUUUGAUCGGUUAGAUCUGGGAUAGGUUAGGAAUUUAAUGGCGUUCGUGGCGAGACGCUGAACGAAGGCAGAGAAUGUAACGAUUGAGAUUUAUUCACGUUCGGGUUCAUUCAUUGUUGCGUCGAUGUUGUGUCUGCCCUCAUUUGACUUGUGCAGGAUGUGACUUUCGGCUUCCUCACCGAAACGGGGCAUCUUGCUUUGCAUUAAAUUCACGUUGUUGAGUG